CCAAUCACUUCUCUCUGUUGAGCUUAAUUAUUAUCACCUGUGUGUUCACUUUCCACCAAGUCGGUGCGAGUUGAGGAUUCAGACUUCAUCACAGUUAACUCUAUGUAUCAUAUUUCUAGAGUCUAUUAUUAUUAUUAUCGGAGCGCAGUUGUUUCUGCUCUGAAUCAUGCUGACCAACAACACGGCCCCAGUGGCCAAACUGUACUUAUCCAUAAUUGAUGAUGUGAUUGAAAAUAUGAGGGAACUCUUCUUGGAUGAAGGGCUUGAAGAUCGCGUCCUGGAUGAUUUAAGACAUCUUUGGGAGUCAAAGAUGAUGCAGUCCAAAGCAAUGGAAGACUUCAGGAAAAAUAACAUCAACUCGUCCAACUUUGUACUGCAGCUCCCCGCCAACUACAGUCAGACUGAUCAAGAACUCACAGCCUCAGUUGUGAUCCCCGCAAGUCAAAAUAUCCGCAGUUUCCCAAUGAAGAACAACUCAGAGACGCUUGCUACUUUCUCCCUCCCUGCUGGCUUACCUUACCCUGUGCAGAUACCAGCUGGAGUCACUCUACAAACAGCUUCUGGUCAACUUUACAAGGUCAAUGUUCCUGUUGUGGUUACUCAGGCCCCGGCAGGUCAGCGGCCUGUAUCCCAACCCACACACAAAGUGACUGAGCAGAGAGAAGCUCAGCCAGCUGCAGCCCCGACGAAAGCCACUCAUCCUCAGGAGGUGGAACGGCCCUCUGUUCCAGCCUCCUCUGUCACACAGCCCCCGCCACAUGCCCCCAGUCAGGAGAGCAGCAUCCGUCAGCAGCCACAGGUUCCUGCUGCUGGGGCCUCGCAGCUUCAGGGGGCCCAAUCACCAGAGCCAGAGGUCACACUGGAGGAAAAUGAGCCGAGUCCACAGUCUGAGCCUGUGAACCUCAGUAUGACCGCCUCACCCUGCAGUCAGUUAUUAGACUUUCAGAUCCGCACCGAGGAGGCUCUGACACAGUCGGCACAGUUAAAGACCAGAGACAUUGAUGACAUCCUGAAAGAAGUGAUUGAGGAGGAGAGAGAGAAGGCAGAAAGGGCGAGAAAUCUAGCGCCUGCAAAGACUAACAACCAGACAGAGGCUGUUCUCGGGCUGGACCUGGACUACAACUACAACGAACUGUCAGACAUCGUGCAGCUGGAUGGUCCUGCAGGCAACUCUGACAUCGAAGAGGGAGAAGGAGUCCUCCUGGAAGAGAACGACUUUCUUGGUAUAAUCAAUGCGGAGGCCAUAAAGGCCCUGCAGGAAGGAGGUGGAAGCAGCGACAGCAUCUCCUCCAGCAGCGACGGCGAGGGAGCAGAUGAACUCGCUGAUGUCGAGGAAGAGGAUCCUCUGAACUCAGGCGAUGAUGUGAUUGAGCAGGACAUCCCGGAUCUCUUUGACACUGACAACGUAAUCGUUUGCCAGUAUGACAAAAUUCAUCGGAGUAAGAACCGCUGGAAGUUUCAUUUGAAAGAUGUGGUGAUGUGUUACGGAGGCAGGGACUACGUGUUUUCUAAAGCUGUUGGGGAAGCAGAGUGGUGAGGAGCUUUAGUUCUCUUGAACACAUCAGAUAAUCAUGUUAAAAGAGGGAAGACUGAUUUAAAAGGGAAAAAUAAUCAGUGAAUUUAAACCUCUUGCUGGUGUAAUUUGGCUCGCGGAGCAGGCUGUUAAAACACCUCUGCAAAAUCACUGAUCCUUUUGUUUUUCAUUAUGUAAUUAUCCGAGCAAUACUGCAAGUCAUCUACGACGUUUUAACCAAUUACUUCCAGCAUUGCCCGUGAAUCCAGUCUGCUUAGACAAACAGCAUGAAUUUAUGUUGUAUAAUAUUUUGCUGAAAACAGUUUUCUUUAUUAGUGGAGCAAGACAUAUUUUGAACUGGAAUGUGUUUUCUUCUGUUGUGAUCAUCUUGCUCUGAAGGUGCCUAAUGUGCUGUUUGAUUUUUUGGGGAGGGAUGUUUUCAAACAUUGUAAAGCCUUUAAUCAUGCUUCAAAUACACUGAACUGCACUGUUGUGCUGCAUUCAA